AUGCCGACACCUUCACUACUACAAGAUGUUCUUCGACAACGAUUAGAGGCUGUGGAAGACGCGCAGAUUUGUGCAGAAGGCGGCCCCAACGCCAGUAUUGUAGUCAGCGAUGACGGCCUCGACGUUCGCCAGGUUCUUACUCCGCCAGAGUCGGACGAAGAUGAUCCUAUUGAUUUCACGUCUGGAGUCGCUACCCCAGUCCCAAGAUCGAUCAAUAUCACUCGUUCUUCAUCGCCCACUCGCGCCAGUAACCAGAAUCACCGCGUACACAAGACGAGUCCCCUCUCGCGCAAGUCUCUCAUUCCAGAUGAUGUAUCGAGCAUCAGUAGCCGGCUUUCUCAAGCGGAAUGGACGACAACAAACGGAGAACGAGUGGCAAGACGGGGACGCGACGAAGCUUCCACCUCCUCCUCGCGCGAUCCGCUUCGACUAUUGCCAGACAAAAUCCGAUUGAACAUAUUCUGCUUCCUUGACUCGAGUGACCUUGCAUCGUGCUCACUCGUCUCUCAGCGGUGGAAGAAGAGUCAGACCAUUAAUCACGCCUUUUAUCAAAUCUAUCGGACGGAAAUGUACCUUGGAAGCGACUUGCCCGUCGGAAAAUGGACGCGCCGUGAAUCAAAGCGCGACUGGAGAUCGGAACUGAUGAAGGCACGGCGUAUAAGAGCCAAAGAGGCCAACAACCAGACAUCUACGCCCGGUCUUUCUCGACCGCGGACACCCGCCACUCCGUUCCAUGUUCACAAUCUCAACCUACCGACCCACGUCGAUUAUGACGGUAGUGGUAGUGGUACACGCUCUGGGCAUAUGACUCCGCGUGAAAUUCAAGAGGAAGAGUGGGCGCGAGAGGCAGAGGCGUCGCCCUCCAAACACGAGAUGCGUAGCUUUUACAAGGAAUAUGGUGGGAAACGUGUGCGUAAAAGCAAGACUGGUAUGACAGGGGGUAUGCGCGAUAGAACGGCUUGGGAGGAAUAG